GGUGAGAAGAAGCUUGUGUUCUCAGUGGCUGAGGAGCAGGUUGUGGAGCUGCAGCCACUUCCCCCAGUGCAGCAGAGAGGAGGGAUUUCUCUAAUGGCUGUGGUGGUGUAGUGUUUCCAGUGCUGACACCAUCGCUUUCCCUCACCCUCCCCUGUGGCAGUCAGACUCAGCAGUCAGCCAGUGUAAUGCACUCACAGAAAGAUCACAACUGGAUUUCGCCCUCUCUCCCGGCUGCCCUGGAGCUCUGGAGCUGAGAGCCUGCACUUUUACACAUCUGAUUUACUCUCAGGAUCCACUGUGACCACCCAAAGGACUAACCCCAAAGCCACAAUGGUGGCGAAGGAUUAUCCCUUCUAUCUCACCGUCAAAAGGGUCAAUUUAACUCUGGAAGUCAAGAGUGCAACCACCAAGAGCAUUGAGGAACCAAGUACCAAACGGGUCAAACCACUUUCGAGGGUCACAUCACUUGCGAAUCUUAUUCCCCCAGUGCGGGCAACUCCUUUAAAGCGAUUCAGCCAGUCACUGCAGUUAUCUGUCUCAUUUCGGGGUGACAGUCGUCCAGAUCUGUUUACCCCAAGACCAUGGUCAAGAAAUGCUGCUCCUUCCAUCACAAAACGCAGGGACAGCAAACUCUGGAGUGAGACCUUCGACGUUUGUGUCAAUCAAGUGCUGACAUCUAAGGAGAUCAAGCGUCAGGAGGCUAUUUUUGAGUUAUCUCAAGGAGAGGAAGACUUAAUAGAAGACUUGAAGUUGGCAAAAAAGGCAUAUCAUGACCCAAUGUUGAAGCUAUCUAUAAUGACAGAAGAAGAACUGAUGCAGAUAUUUGGAACCUUGGAUUCUCUUAUUCCUCUGCAUGAAGAUCUCCUCAGACGCUUGCGUGAUGUCAGAAAACCAGACGGGUCCACAGAGCAUGUUGGUCACAUCUUAGUCGGCUGGUUGCCAUGCCUAAACUCCUAUGACAGCUACUGCAGUAAUCAAGUGGCAGCCAAAGCCCUGCUGGACCACAAGAAACAGGACCAUCGAGUGCAGGACUUCCUACAACGCUGCCUAGAGUCACCUUUUAGCCGAAAAUUAGACUUAUGGAAUUUCUUAGACAUCCCUAGGAGUCGACUGGUGAAAUAUCACUUACUACUGAAGGAAAUACUCCGACAUACUCCAAAUGAUCACCCAGAUCAGCAGCAUUUAGAGGAAGCUAUUAAUAUAGCUCAAGGGAUUGUAACAGAAAUUAACAUAAAAACGGGAGAGUCUGAAUGUCACUAUUACAAGGAGAGGCUGAUUUAUCUUGAAGAUUGUCAGAGGGAUCUGCUGAUUGAUAACUCUCGGGCUCUGUGCUGUCAUGGGGAUCUGAAGAAUAACAGGGGAGCAAAGUUUCACGUGUUCCUCUUUCAAGAAGUCCUGGUUAUUACAAGAACUAUAACGCAAAAUGACAAUGUUUGCUAUCAGCUCUAUCGACAACCAAUCCCUGUAAAGGAGCUUGUAGUGGAAGACUUGCAAGAUGGGGAGGUCCGCGUGGCCGGAUCGUUACGUGGUGCCUUCACCAACAAUGAGAGAAUUAAAAACUUUUUCAGAGUAGGUUACAAGAAUGGUCCCCAGGCCCAGUCUCAUUCUUUUCAAGCAAAUGACACUUUCAACAAGCAACAGUGGCUGAAUUGUAUCCGGCAGGCCAAAGAGUCGGUCUUGUGUUCUGGAGGAGACAACCUGCUGCCUUUAGAAGGACACUUAAUAUCGGCAGAGGGAAGCAGUGAUCCUCAGCCGACCACGAGGUCUGAACAAAUGGACCACUCAGAUAGUAUCUCAGACUGCAGUAUGGACACAAGUGAGGUCAGCAUGGACUGUGAACAGAUGGAACAGACGGACUGUAGCAUACACAGCAAGCACGUUGAGAGCGAUGUUUGACAAAACCUGGAAUUUAACUGCUUGUUACCUGUACAGUAUUUGCAUUCCGCCUAUGGAGCAGUUAGAGAAGCACUUUUAUAACGGAGGUCGCCACCGAGACUUGUAGUAUUCAUGGACAACAGUACUGUAGCAACCGGCUGUAACUGCCAGCUGGACCUGCACCUACCCCAUCUUCUAAAUCAGCUGUGCGCUGGCUGGGAUAGAUUGUUUCUAUCCAGAAAGCUCCACCGGCAUGCUGUCAAGAAGAGUCUUUUAAACUACUGUCUAUAUGUGUAUCAUAUACAAAAAUAUAUGUUUACUGUAAAAAGAAAAAAAAUGUACUAUUUUUUUCUACAAAUUAACACUGUGUCUUAGUA